AUCAUGCCACAUUUUGUAGCUGCUAGGUUUUAAUAAGUUGUCUUAUUCUGCCCUAACUGUUUCCAAUACACCUCCUUCCUCCAUUCCGAAAUUUGUAAUUCUUCCAUGGAAAGAGAAAAGAUCAUCUCUCACCCUUACUUCCACCGCCUCCUGACUGCUUAUGUUAACUGUCAAAAGGUAGGAGCUCCGGCUGAAAUGGCAGCGAGACUGGAGGAAGCGUGUGCGAGUGCGGGGGCGAGGAGGGGUGAGGGUGGGUGCGUGGAGAGUGGAGAUCCGGCGCUUGACCAAUUCAUGGAGGCUUACUGUGAAAUGCUGAUCAAGUACGAGCAAGAACUCUCUAAGGCAUUGACAGAAGCCACGCUUUUCUUUGCAACAGUUCAGCGCCACUUCCAAGCCUUCACUUUCUGCUUCUCCGAUUCUUCUGCUCAUACCACUACCACUACCACUACCACUAGAGAGAUGAGUAUGAUAGAGGAUGAAGAAGAGAAAUUGAAAGAGGAGCUACUGGAAAAAUACAGAGGCUGUUUGGGCAAUCUCAAGGAGGAAUUCUCCAAGAAAAAGAAGAAUGGAAAGCUUCCUAAACAAGGAAGGCAGCAGUUGCUCAACUGGUGGAACAGACAUUACAAAUGGCCUUAUCCAUCGGAGGCGGAGAAGACGGCGCUGGCUGAGUCCACGGGUUUGGAGCAGAAGCAGAUCAGCAACUGGUUCAUCAACCAAAGGAAGCGCCAUUGGAAACCUGCAUCUUCCAACAACGUUAACGCUGCUGUUACACUUCAUUUUCAUUAACUAUUUUCUACUCCAUAAAUCUACCCAUUUCUUUAAAUUCUAGGAAUUUAAUUUCUCACCAAAUUCACAAUAUGCUAUAUUUUGAUUCUGCUGUUCCGAAUUUGGACAAGAUAUUACCCUCAUGCUGCUAUUGCAUCUAUUU